AAAAGCUCAGAGGACACAAUACAUCCACCUGCUCGCUACGUCGAUUAUUUUCUUAGUUUUGUACAUGAAGACAAGGCACGAGAUUCUUACGGCGGUAUGGAUGAGUUGAGUCAUGCAAUAGCAAGAGAGUUGACACCAGUUAACUUUCAAAACUCUGAGAACAACACCAGUUUGUUUGUAAGACCUUUGAAAGACGACAUUUCUCAAGAAAAGACAACGAUUUCGGAACAAGUGUGCUUAACAGAGGACGAUUUCCUCAACGAAAACAAGUUUCGAAAUUCGUUUAGCCUCCAGUCUCCACUCGCUUCAGACAACAAUAAAAAACCAAAUAUUUCAAGCGAACUAAGGACAAGCUACACAAGUAGUAGUACAUCAACUAACUCUAUGUUUCAUAAUCUUACUCCAGGCAGUUUGUGGACUACGCCAACCAGCGAAGAUAUACAAUCUCAGACAAUAGCAAUGUCUUUCACUGGCAAUCAACCCAAUCAUUUUCACUUAUCGAAACAGAGCAGAAUUCCAAACACAAAUUAUCCAACGAUGAUGUCGACACAUCCAGGCAAACGAAACAUAAAUGGCUACUCUUUCUUGCCAAUAGGCAGUCCUUCAAAGCCUCUAUCACCGUGGAAUGGGACUUCCAAUGGACAUCAAGUUUCUCCUUGGCAACAGUUUACGGGAUCUUCUGGACCUUGGCCAUAUCACUCUACAACAAGUUACUCGACAAUGACAAAUCAAGCGAGCGUAAUUGGUCAAAGACAUAGUAUGGGAAACAGUCGGUCGCCAUUUUCACCCUUGACCCCAAGACAAGUUCGUGGACACCGAUCACCAUUGAACGGUCUGUAUUCGCGAUCCGUUUGUACGACAACAAAUCUAACACAAGGCCUGCAAGGAAUGAGUCUCUCUGAGAGACCCAUUGAUGGAACAGUUGUAGGCGACUCAGGAAUACUUGGUAUAUCAGGAAAUUUAACGGAACUAUCAAACUCACUCUACACGGAAAAAAACAAUCAACCAAAACUGUCAAAUCUAGAAAGUAGUUUACUUGACAUUAUAAAAUCUCCAUCAACAGAGUGCUCAGAUAAUUUAACAGCUUUCCGAGCACAACUGCAAAGAAAAUCUUACAAUCAAGACCAAACAGUACCUUCUCUGGGCUCUUCUUUAAAUACAUCGCCAAAAUCCGAAGAUUUACUAGAACGAUACUCGAGGAAAGUCUUCGUUGGUGGCCUUCCUCCAGAUAUAGAUGAAGUUGAAAUUCAUGCCAGUUUCUGUAAAUUUGGGAAUCUCACUGUCGACUGGCCACAUAAAGCUGAGAGUAAAUCAUACUUUCCACCCAAAGGUUAUGCAUUUCUACUGUUCUUGGAAGAGAUUUCUGUGCAACGUUUGAUAGAGUCUUGCAUUGAACAAGAUGGUAAACUCUAUUUGUGUGUGUCGAGUCCAACAAUCAAAGACAAACCUGUUCAAAUACGUCCCUGGUCAUUAGCCGAUGCCGACUUCGUUAUGGAUGCAUCACAAGUAUUGGAUCCACGAAAAACCAUAUUUGUUGGUGGUGUACCUCGUCCAUUACGAGCGGUGGAGCUGGCGUUGAUUAUGGAUCGUCUUUAUGGAGGUGUGUGUUAUUCAGGGAUUGAUGUGGAUCCUGAGCUCAAGUAUCCUAAAGGUGCUGGUCGUGUAGCAUUUUCCAAUCAACAGAGUUACAUUGCAGCAAUCAGCGCUCGUUUUGUUCAACUACAACAUGGAGACAUUGACAAAAGGGUUGAAGUAAAACCAUAUGUUUUGGAUGAUCAAAUGUGCGAUGAAUGUCAUGGAAUUUGCUGUGGAGGAAAAUUCGCACCAUUUUUCUGUGCUAAUGUCACGUGUUUACAGUACUAUUGUGAGCAUUGUUGGUCCUUGAUCCACUCUAGGCCAGGGCGCGAGUAUCAUAAGCCGCUGGUCAAAGAAGGGGCAGACAGACCUCGAAGUUUGCCCUAUAGAUGGUGAAAAAUGCAUGAAUUUUUUUUAUUUCCAUAUGUUAAACUAAGUACCAGCAAGUGAUUAUUAUGUAUAGCGAUUCAUUUUUUCUAAAAUUGAAGAGGAUCAAGAUAAUUUUCAACGUCAUUUGUGGUUAUAUUUUCAUGUCAAAUCGCUAUACAAUCAUAUCACUUUAAAUUUUAUCCUUCGUUAUUUCAACCACGCAUGUGCUGGUCUCGGUGUUUGUGUUCCAUUGCUAUUGUUAAUUCUGGUUUACAUGAAGUUUAAGCUUCGGAAUAGUUGGGUUAUUUUAAUUUCAAAAGUUAUAUUCUUAAAUUUGUAUACUAAAAAAUAUCAAGUUAUUUUACCAUAAUUUUCAAAAAAGAAUAAUAUAUUUUAGAUGCAGACAAAGUACUCAAAAAUUUCAUAAAAUGAUAUUUAACUUGGGUAGCUAUAUAACGUCAUAAUGACGGCAAAAUUUUAGUUCAAAUCAAUGAACAAUCACUUUUCUGGCUUUGAGUGCUUGAUGCUAUUUUAAAUGAAAAAAAAAAUCGAAUUAUAAAGAUUUUUUCAAUAAAUCAUUUAUAUAAAGUAAAAUUUCAAACUUAAAAAAUAUGAUGAUGAUGGUUUUUGAGCAGAUAGUCAUAGAGGGGGAUAAAAUGAAAUCAAAAGUUAAGUUAAAAAGUUUUCGUGAUUUUUCAUGGUAUAAUCGUAUUAAUAGAUCUAUCAUUUCUCAACAUGAUAAACUUCAAUGUAUCUAAAUUCAUAUUUUAUGUCAAAAUAUCAUAAGAGAUAAAUUCUUUUUUUCUAUUGUUUUUUCAUCUAUCAGCUUGUAAACAUUUGCGAUACUUUUUGCACUAAAUGUUUGAAUUCAUUGCAAACAUUAUUUGUCAUGUUCAUUAUUACCACUGUAAAAAAUGAGUUGUUAAAAUUUAUAUAAGGAGGAAGGUUACCGCCAUUUUUUAGUCUUUUUGCUAAAUAUACCAUGUAAGUAAUGAUUAUAUAUAUUGGCGACAUGUAAACUAGUUUGUAGUUUGAUAUAAGUGAAAGCACUCCAUUUAUUUAUGAAAUUUAUCGUUAAUAUAGUUUGUUUUGAUGUAAUUAAUGUAAAUUGUUUGAAGAUAUUUUGAUGGUUAUUUAAAAUAUAUUCAUUAAAAACUCAA